UGAUAUCUUUAUCUCAAAGUUUGUAAGUUUGACGCCUGUCUUUGCCCCAGAGCUGGCCCAUGGCUUAAACAACUAACGUGGCGAUGUCAGCGGUUCCAUUGCAACGUGCAAGCAAAAGAUGGCAUACACCUUGAACUGUCUGGCUCAUUGCUACAUCAUAUAUAAAAACCAUCUUCAUUAACAGUUUCGAUCCAUAGCUCCAUCAAGAAGAAGACAUUCAUUUCCCCAGAAAUGGAAGAUUAUCAGAACACGUACGGUGCAGUCCCCCGAACUGAUGAGCAUGGCAACCCAGUUCGCCCAACAGACGAUUUUGGCCGUCCGGUUGAGCAUGCUGGCACCAUAGGGGAACAUCACAAAGAGCAUCAUGGGGUUUCCGGAGUUCUCCAUCGCUCUGGAAGCUCAACCUCCUCCUCAUCUGAGGAUGACGGGCAUGGCGGGAGGAGGAAGAAGAAGGGCCUCAAGGACAAGAUAAAGGAGAAGCUACCAGGAUCUCACAACGAGCAGCCUCAUGCUCCAUCGACUACUACACCAGGUUAUACUGAAACGCACGAGAAGAAAGGCGUGAUGGACAAGAUCAAGGAGAAGCUCCCUGGACACCAUUAGGGUGCCUGCAACUCAUAAUCAUGCAUGAUACGUACCUCAUAAAGCUCCCUGUGGAUUACAUACACAGGACACCUUACAUAAGUGUUCGCUACAGUCGAGCACUGAGAAUAAUGACAGUGUAUAAUAAUACAGUGAUGUUUGUGCGCUCAUAAUAAGCUCCAAGUCUCUCUCUGUAUGUUAAAUUCAGUUUGUAGUUUUAAAACAAAGAGUCAAAUCUAGAAAAUCUCCCUUCUAAUUAUACAUUAGUUUUCCGGUUUCCUGUUCUUUCUUCCUCAGUCAAAGUCUAAAUUACUGAUGAAAACCGAGCAAACUAGUUCUGCCCGUUAUAAACUGCUAGGAAAAUUGUCAUAACAUGUACAUGAUUUACAUCCACUAGUGUCAAAAAUGGAUAGAAAUAUGUAAAGAGAUGGCGAAAUUGGCACCCAUUCUAGACGUUUACCAUCUUCGUUGCUCUGCUGGAAACUUGCCUUUUGAAGGGGAAUGUCAAUGUGAGCCCUUUUUAGACUUCUUCAAAACUUCUCUAAGCACUGCAGCAAUUCUGUGUGCCAUGUGAUGUUCUAGAAAUCUUUCUUUGACCCUCACAUAACCUCUCUUCCCCAUUGUAAGUCUCCUCUCCACAUGAGUAGCAAGUUUGACUAUGUUUUUCGCAAGAGGACUAACCCCUUCUUUCCCAACAGGAUGCAAGAAACCAGUAGUCCCAUUCACUACAAUCUCUGUGGUGCCGCCUGCCGCUGUUCCCUGAUA